AUGAUAAUCCGUGUGCAGAGUCCGGAAGGCAUGCAUCGAGUUAAUCUAGGCGAAUCAGCUAGUAUAAGCGACUUAUAUAAGAAAACGACCGAAGUGUCCAAGAUAGAUCGAGCAUGGACGCUCUACAAAGACAGGGAGAAGAAAACUGCGAUCAAGAAAACAUCCCGAACGAGCCUCGGCCUCAAGCAUGGCGACAUUGUGUAUUUAUUCUUCAACUCUGGUUUGAAUGUGACAGAGCAAGAGUCAAAACCCGAACCGGCAAAUGCUACUGCAGCUAGAAAGGAUGUGCCGGAGGAUCCAGUUGAUGUUGUACUUUGGACGAAGAAGUGGGAUCAUGGCUCGAAGAAAGGCAUGAAUAAAGUCGACCAACUGAUUCCAGAUCCAUGGGAUGCAAGCUAUUUGAAAGAGAAGGAAAUCAAAUUUCUUUCCUUUCACAGUUAUAUGCGAAAAAUAACUUCGGGAAUCGACAAGGGCAAAUUCGUCAAUUUGGAAAAACUCAAAACCUCUCGAGAAAUCAAAGAAGGCGAAAACACCCGUGCGUUGUCCGAAAUGCCGACGGCAAUCACGCUCAACCGCCAAAUUUACCGUCACGUGGACAAUGUCUGCUUCCAAAAUCGAGAAGUGAUGGACAGAUUCCUUGAGCGCUGGAGGAGUACUGGGCAGCAGCAGGCUGGAUGGCUCUUUGGAAAAUAUGACGUCCAUGAAGAUGUGCCUUUUGGAAUCAAAUGCAAUGUUUUUACGAUUUAUCCCAUUCCUACAACUCAUGCCAAAAAUGAAAUUUCCCUGUGCGACGACGAAAACGAGAAAACUAUCCUCGAAAUAGCGAAAAGAAUGGGCCUCGAACGAGUUGGUUGGAUUGUGACUGAUUUAGUGCCGGACAAGGACGGGAAAGUUAAAGAUGUUCGCAAUAAAGAUACCCACUACGUCACUGCCGAAGAGUGCAUCAUCGCCGGAAGACUUCAGGAUUCGCAUCCAAAUCCCUGCCGACUUGCUUCAUGUGGAUAUUAUGGCUCAAAGUUUGUCACAGUUAUUGUUACAGGAAAAGAAGACGGAACCAUCGAUUUCCGAGGCUAUCAAGUUUCCAAUCAGGGUCAGUCCCUAUCAGUCGAUGGAACAAUCGUACCAACGAUCGAUGCCCCUGAAUACGGUUACACUCGAGAAAGUACCGACGAUCUCUACUGUCCCGAUAUCUUAUUCCGCGAAAAGGAUGAGUAUGGAAAUGAUGUCACGAAAAUUGGCCGACCACUGCCUAUUGAAUAUUUAUUGACCGACAUGGGGUGCAACUUUGCAGUAAAAAUGGACUACCGAACAACGAUACAAGACAUUGCUCUUUAUUUAAAACAUUUUGGAAAAGAAAACGUCCACGAAGCUGUUCGAGAGUUUAGCUUGAUCAUCGCUUUUGCUUGUAAUGAUACUCUACCUCUAAAGAUGAGAUUGCCGAUGCUUCUCGAGGCGAUACGAGAAGGGGAUGAUGGGAAGCUCUUCCAGUUUCUGAAUACUUCUGAAUGGCUCACUGCUGCGGAGAUUUUCGCUUCUUCAACGGAGGAUACAGGGCCAGGUGACGACCUCGGCAUGGAUUUGGACGAAGAAACAAGGCUGGCCAUCGAACGAUCCUUGCGUGAAACAUAG